AUGGGACGCCCGCCGUCGGGUAGCGCGCCCACAACCGCCGCUGCGACGGAGUUGUCGGCCGAGGGCCUCGGCGACCCGCCCGCGGCGGAUGUCUGGGCGCAGCCCGCCAUGCCUGCCUGCGGAGGCCCGCCCGCGGCGGAUGUCUGGGCGCCCCCGCAGGGGGGCUUGCCGGAUGACCGGGCGCCGCCAGCCACGCCAGCCUACGGAGGCCCGCCCGCGGUGGACGCGUGUGCGCCGUCGCAGAAGGACUCGACGUGGGCGCCGCCAGCCUCGGCUGAGGAGGAGGAGGAGGAGGAGGAGGAGAAGGAGCCGAAGAGCUCCAUCAGCGAGGAGCUGGAGGCGAUGAUGAGCGGCCUCGACCUCCUGAGGGACACGCUCAGCGGCAGGCCCCCGGCGCAGGAAGCGGAGGCUGCCGCCGCCCCAACCGCCACGCUCGCGGACCGCGUCUGGCGCGAGGUGCCCAGCGGGCCCCGCGGCGGCGGCGGGGACUUGCAGGCCGAGGCGGUCUUUCCGGAAGACGUGCCGCCGGCCGCCGCGGGUGAGCAGGCCGCCGCUGGGCAACCGGGUGCUCUGGCGAACCAACAGCCGCAGACCGCCGCGCUCGGAGGCGAAGCCGACCGGCUUACGCUGGGCCCAGGCUGCCCGAGGCCGUCACCGCUGCCCGCUGCAGACAACCACCCGGCAUGGCAGCCGCGGGCGGCCGAGCUCGGCUGCGAGGCAGGGGCGGGCCUCGCUCCGGCGCCCCCUGCGCACCAGUGGCAGCAACGGCAGCAGGAGCCCGCCCUGGCCAGCGCCGGGGCGGCCCGGCCCAGGCCCACGGCGGCGGAGUGUGGAGCGUUCGGCGGCGCCGGCGCCGUGACAGACAUGGGCAAUUCGUACGCGAGGGCAAUCUUCUCUCACGAAGGCCGCGCCGGCCACGGUCCUCCGCCGCCUGGGCGGCCGCAUCCUGGCGCACCCGGGGCCGCGCUGCGCGGCCCUCCUGGCGCGCCGCCGGGGCCGCCCGGCGCGUUCCACGGCGACCCCGCUGCGCCGCCGCUGACAGCGGCGGACCUCAUGCGGGGGGCUGGCGUCAGCGGACCAGCAGCCGUUGGCCCCAUGGCGCCGCCGCCGCUCACGGCAGCGGACCUCAUGCGGACGGCUGGCGCCGGUGACCCAAGAGAUGCCGACAGCAUGGGGCCACCGCCGCUGACCGCGGCGGACCUCAUGCGGGCGGAUGGUGCUGGCAGUCUAGGAGUUGCCGACCAUGUGCCGCCGCGGGAGGCUGGCACCAGCUGCCCAGGAACUGCCGACCAUGCGGCGUCGCCGCCAAUGUCAGCGGCGGAUCUAUUGCGGGAAGCUAGUGCUGGCUGGCCGGACGAUGACGACCUACCGCCGCUGACGGCGGCGGACAUCAUGCAGGAUGUUGGGUGUGGCGGCCCAGGAGCUCCCGAGCAUAUGGUGCCGCCGCCCCUGACCGCGGCGGACGCCAUGCGGGAGGCGGGCGCCAGUGGCCUGGGGGCUGCCGACAUGGCGUCGGGCGGCUACGGCGGGCCCUCGCCGCCCGUGGACGGCCAAGCCGCACAGCGGUUGCCGUUGUGGGGCGCGAUGCCACGGCCGCAGCCCGAGUUGGCCACAGCCGACAGCGCGGCGGGUCGCCCGCAGCUCACCGCGAAGGACCUGGGCAUCGUCGCCUACGGUGCCGGGCCGGCCGGCGGGGGCCCGCCGGAGACCACCGACCUCAAGCCGCUGGCGGCCUCCUUCUGGGAGAGCCGGCUGCGCGGCGCCAAGGGCGCCAUCUCCACCAGCUGGAAGACGUUCGCGGACACGAUGGACGGCAUCUUCGUCCCCGACGCAGGAGGGCCCCACUGCUUGUGCGUUUGGCCCUAA